AUGUCUAGUAAGAAGAGUUUUAGUGGAAAAAUUAUUAUACUCUCUCUAUUCGUAGCUCCAAUACUAGCAGAAUGGAAUACACAAGAUUAUAUAAGGAGAGAGCAUUCUCUUACAAAACCCUAUCAAGGAAGCGGUAUGGCGUUGCCGUACUGGGACUUUUUAGGUAGCACAAUUGUUACGUCUAAUUAUGUACGGCUUACUCCCGAUUUGCAAUCAAAAUCAGGAGCUAUAUGGAAUACACAUCCAUGUCAGACAAGAAAUUGGGACUUGCAAGUACAAUUCAAAGUACAUGGCAAAGGCAAAGAUCUAUUUGGAGAUGGUUUUGUAAUCUGGUAUGUCAAGGACCGAAUGCAAAAUGGGCCUGUGUUUGGUAGCAAGGACUACUUUAGUGGUCUGGGUAUUGUCUUGGAUACCUACAGCAAUCACAAUGGUGCACACAAUCACCAGCACCCAUACAUCUCUGCAAUGGUGAAUAACGGGUCCUUACACUAUGACCAUGACAGAGAUGGAACUCAUACCCAAGUGGCAGGCUGUGAAGCUAAGUUCCGUAACUACAACCAUGAUACAUACAUUUCUAUUGUAUACAAAGAUGACACACUCGUAGUCUCAACAGACCUAGAGGGCAAAAAUGCUUGGAAAGAAUGCUUCCGUGUAGAAAACAUCUUGUUACCCACGGGGUACUACUUUGGUGCAUCCGCCACCACCGGAGACCUGAGCGACAACCAUGACAUCAUUGCCGUCAAGAUGUAUGAGCUUGACCUACUGGAGUCUCAAAACCAAAACGAUGAUCGAUCGCAAAUAAUCCCAUCAGCCGCGACCUCCGAUGCGCCGCGGGAGCGCCUUGAAGAUGAAAAACCAGCCAUGUCAGGUGUCAAAACAUUCCUUUGGAUGAUGUUUGUGGCCAUCAUUAUCAUAGUGCUGGUUGUCUGUGGAAUUAUGUGGUAUCAAAAGAGGCAGGAAAACGCUCGAAAACGACUUUACUGA